AUGCAGCCCUCAGGGGCAAACAAGGGGUUUUUCCAGCCGCCCCCAAUUCUACCCAACCAGUUUUAUGACGAUGUUUCCUUUCGCAGAUGCUUCAAUUUGUUUCUUCCAUUUAGCGUAAUUACCGAAGUUGAGGCUGAAGUUGCCGCCUUGGGCAGGGAUGUCCUCUCGGAUGAGGUGUUUGGCUGGAUCACUGAUGCCGAGCGCAACAAGCCCUACAUCAAAGGCAGCGGCCGAGAUGCCUUUGGCAGACUGCAGGGCGAGCUUGUGACUGGCGAAGGAUGGCGCGAGCUGCAAAAGUUUGGCCUGUCCAGAGGCUUCGUUGCCACCGGCUAUGAUACCCCUUAUGGCGCCUUUUCUCGCCCUCUGCAGUAUCUGCGCCUGCAUCUCUGGGAAGCGUCGUCUGCAAACGUGACUUGCCCCUCGGCGAUGCAGGACGGUGCCGCUGCUCUUCUGAGGAGGCAUCUGGCGUCUCGACGUCUCAGCGAGACGGAGCGCAUUGUUUUCGACGACGCCUACCGCCGUCUCAUCUCACGCGACCCAAGCGUUGCCUGGACCAGCGGGCAAUGGAUGACGGAGCGUACUGGCGGCAGCGAUGUAUCUCAAACUGAGACCAUUGCUCUGUACCAGCCCGAAGAUGCCGAGGGUGCCCUUGCUUCUAAAGAAGGCAAAAUUCCCCUCGGGCCGUGGAGCGUUCAUGGCUUCAAGUGGUUCUCAUCCGCAACAGACUCCAACAUGACCAUCCUGCUGGCCCGGACUUCCAAAGACAGUCUCAGCACCUUUUUGGCACCCAUGCGGCGCCACGAUUCCAAGGCCAAAACAAUGACUGGCCAUCCCAAGUCUGAUGGAACUCGGCUCAACGGCGUCUGGAUCCAGCGACUCAAGAACAAGCUUGGGACACAAUCACUCCCCACCGCCGAGCUCGUGUUGGAAGACAUGCGCGGCUGGAUGAUUGGCGAAGAAGGCAGGGGCAUCAACGAGAUUAGCACAAUCCUAACCAUCACUCGAAUCCACAACGCCGUGACGGCCUGUGGAUAUGUCGGCCGUGGGCUGGGCAUUGCAAGGGCAUAUGCGCGCCGGCGAGAAGUCGGAGCUGGCCGCGGUGCUCGGAUGAAGCUGACCGAGAGCACGCUGCACAUGCGCACCCUGGCCAACUUGACGGCCGAGUAUCACGGGUUGAUGCUCAUGAGCAACUACUGCGGCUACAUGCUUGGCCUUUCUGAGCACGAAGCAACGCCGCCAACAUCUGCUCUCGCGGCUCUCACGCCUCCGGCCCAGUAUAUCGAUCCGCUCCUUCGCAUCAUCGUGCCCCUUGCCAAGGCCUAUGUAUGCAAGGCCGCCGUCCCGCUGCUCUACUCUUGCAUGGAAUCGCUCGGUGGCGUAGGCUACCUCGUCAAUGAAGAGCAGGAAUACCUCAACGUGGCUCGACUCUACCGCGACUGCUGCGUCCUGCCCAUCUGGGAGGGCACAACCGAUGUCCUGUGUACGGAUAUGAUUCGCGCGCUGAAGCACCCCAAAACAGGAAAGCAAUCACUCAAUGCACUGGAAGCUUUCAUCAAGUCGUCUUCCUCGUUCAACGAGGAAGACAUUGCCAAGCGCUAUGGAUGGGACCCCGUAGGGAAGUGGGCUGCUCUGCGAGCAUACAUCGAUGAGAGAGACCAGGCUGCUUUGGUCGGCGAGGGCAGAGAGAUUCUAUGGGACGUGGCGGAGAUUAUCAUCUCUUUGCUGCUUUUUGUUGAUGCCGCUACUGACCAGAACGACGCUGUCAAGGAAAUUUUCCGCCGCUUCAUCGAUGACAAGUUUUCAAAGGAGAAGCGCAUGAGAGACACUCCGGCGGAGGAACUGGAGAAGGAUCUGGCCAUUGUGUAUGGCGUCGAGGAGGCGGAAGCUGUGGCUAGAGAGAUUGUUCCGAAGUUGUAG